CGCGGUGCUGUGACGUGAAGGACCUCCCUCUCGGACUCAGCAGCAGUAAUGGCGGACUACGACAGCUACGAGGAGCGGGACCGGGCCUACGGCAGCUUCGGCGGCGGCAGAGGGCCCCGUGGCGGCGGCGGUCCCGGAGGCCCCAGGAAGCAGAAGGAGCUUCCAUCAGAGCCUCCCUUCACAGCGUACGUUGGGAACCUUCCCUUCAACACGGUGCAGGGAGACAUCGACAUCAUCUUCAAAGAGCUCAACAUCCGCUCCGUCAGACUGGUCCGAGACAAAGAGACAGACAAGUUCAAAGGUUUCUGUUACGUGGAGUUUGAGGACCUAGAGUCGCUAAAAGAAGCGUUGGCGUACGAUGGCGCUUUGCUAGGUGAAAGGUCACUGAGGGUGGACAUCGCAGAGGGACGAAGGCAAGAGCGAGGAGGAGGAGGCGGCGGCGGCUUCGGCUUCAGGAAAGACGACGGUAGAGGACGAGGAGGUGGUCGAGGAGCUCCCCGAGGAGGAGGAGGACGCGACUUCCGUGACGACUUCGACCAGCAAGGAGGAGGAUUCAGGGAUGAUGACUACAGGGGGAGUCGAGGCGGCGGCAGUCGCCCUGGUGACAGACGGGGUGGCGGCGGCGGCAGCAGUGGAGGAGCAGGAGGAGGAAUGGGUCGCUUCAGAGACGGGCCACCACGAGGCGGAACGACAGACUUCAGAGAACCAUCGGAAGAGGAGCGUGCACAGCGGCCCCGCCUGCAGCUGAAGCCUCGGACCGUCUCUGAGCCGCUGAACCAGGUCGCCAACCCAAACUCUGCCAUAUUUGGCGGCGCCAAGCCACGAGAGGAGCUCUGACUCAUUUAACCACCUACAGCUGACCAGACGGUGGCGCUAACUCGCCGCCUCUCCAACAGAAAAGAAGAAAAUUAAAGGUUUUUGUGGCGUUUUGUUUCAGUGUGGAUCAUGUGGAAGCCGACUCCCAGGAAAAUAUUGUAAAAUAAAUGUUGUACGAUGAUGUUUCAGCUUUUUUUGGCUUUUAUUAAAACAAACUUAUUAAAAAGCUUCAUGUAUGAACCGGCUGCCGCGGGACACGCCCCCAACCCAACAGUCUGGAUCGGGUCUCGGUGUGUGGAUCGGGUCUCGGCGGCGGUGUGGGGGAUCGGGUCCGGGUCUGUAGAGGUUCGGGAAUGUCUUUCGGUGGUCUUUUGGUUCUCAGUCCGCGUCGCUUCCAGAAUGUUUGUCGCUAAAAUAAAAAUCAGUUUCCGAGUUUUUCCGGACAUCCGAGGAGAAACGGUUUCUUACUGUAAGAUAGAAUAAAAAUCAGCUGUUUGACUUUUUUUGUUCUUUUUUUCCUUCACUGUUUAUGGCAAUAAAAACUGUAUCAUCGUA